UACCUAAAUUCAUUAAUAAUUGUUAGCUUAAUCUCUAUGACUCAUCAAAAUGUGAUAACAACAGCACAAGGGUUACUACGCGGCGUUUCUAAAGAUGGAUACAUUUCUUACAUCGGCAUACCGUACGCUUCCUCUAAUGGAACUGGGAGAUUUAAGAGGGCUGGAAUAGCACCAUUUUGGUCAGGAAUCAGAGAAGCAAACGAUCCACAUUGUACUGCUAGUUCUUCAGUCGAUAAGUGUUUACAACUAGAUGUAUUUAUACCAACAACCCCAAACGAACAACCUUGGCCUGUCUUAGUAUGGGUUAAAGGUGGUAAUGGUUUUUACCAUCCAGGUCAAUUAGUGCGAAGAGGGAUUAUACUGGUCACAGUACGACACCGAAUGGGCCCACUUGGUUUUUUAUGUACAAACGAAGAACAAAUACCUGGUAACGCUGGAGUUAAAGACGUGGUACUUGCACUUCGUUGGGUUAAAGAUAAUAUUGUAGCGUUUAGCGGCAAUCCAGACAAUGUAAUCCUUGCGGGAGAAAGUUUCGGAGCAGCGAUUGUGGAGACUAUAAUGCUCUCAAGAAUGUCUCAAGGUCUCUUUCAUGGAGCUGUCAUGCAGAGCGGAACUGUUUUAAGUCCAUGGGCAUUCAAUUACGACCCAAAAUCUCGAGUAAAAGCUUUAAUGACAGCCUACGAUAGUAAAGAAUUUCCAGGGACUUUGCUAGAAACAAGUGCAGAAGACUUAGUUGAGAAAUCUAAAGAUUUAGAUAUGCCAUACUUUCCAUUUGGUAUUUGUGUAGAAAAAUCAUUUAAGAAAGAAGAAAGGCUAUUAGCUGAACUGCCUUACGAUUUGUUAUCUGAUGGAAAGGUGGUCGAUGUUCCACUGAUCAUAGGGUACAAUAACAAUGAAGGAUACAUAUUUGCUAAUAUGCUAAAACUCGCAAAUGUUAUAAGAAGAAUCACGACAGACAUGACGUUCCUAUUACCAAUGGAACUUGAAGAUAUGGGUGCAAGGGAAUUAAAUCAUACUCGGGAUAGAAUAAAAGACAUUUAUUUCAAGAAUGGAAACUUUAGUCUUGCUUCUGUAAUUGAGUAUCAUAGCGACGCAUAUUUCAUUAAUCACAUACAUCGAAGCGCUAGAUUGCAUUCUUCAUCAUCACACUAUCCCGUCUACUACUAUCAAUUUUCCCACUCUGGAGAUACUGGAGUUGAACCAGAAAAUGGUAUUGAUAAAGUAGGAGCAGCGCAUUCCGACGAAUUGGCUUUCUUAUUCUCAGAAAAUGGACGGACUCUUAGUGGGGAUGACGGAAAGGUGCAAGAAAAAUUAGUUACUCUGUGGACGAACUUCGUGAAGCAUUUGUGAGUGUAAUAUUUGAAAUUAGCUGUUCGAAAGGACGCAUUAACGAUUGUUAUGUUGACUGUAGAUUCAGUAAUGGUUUUGUAGAAAGUUUAAUUUUUCUCGGUUUGAAGGACGGAACUUUAAAAAAAUAGAUGCAAGGAUUAUGAAUAUAGAUGUGGUGUAUUUUGUUUUCUUAGGAAUCCCACGCCAGACAAAAGCGAUUCUACGCGAUGGGAA